CAAGCGAUUCCCUCCGCGAAACUUCGUGUUGUACGGCGGGUACGAAGGAAUCGUCGAGCUUUGAGUCUGUGAUUCAGAGCGAGGACGGAGGAGCAACCCGACUUUCCUCGGUUUGGUUCCCGUUCGCGACGGAGCCGUAAGCAUGCAGAGGCUGCGGAGAGGGACGUCCCUCUUCGGCAGCUUAGCAGCGCCUCAAUUGAAGAAGAAAGCCCUCAAUUCGUGGGCCGCGGUUCAGGACACUUUUUUCUCCACCAAGGAUACUUUCGAGAGGCACAGGGUGGUGUUCACUGUUGGAACUUCGAUAGCUUCGGUGGCGACGGCAUGGGCAGGUUAUUCUAUACGUCACUAUCAUGAAACUAAAGUUGAUCAAAGGCUUGAAUCAAUAGAAAGAGCUAUGAAGGAUAAUUAUCAAUUUGAACAUGGGGAAAUUAAGAAGAUUGUUGGUCGAGAAAGUUCCAGUACUGCGGCUUGUAUUGCCACUGCUGCUUGAACAGAUCUCUGUGCAAUUUUCGUUCUUUAGUAUGAAGAGGGGCAGAACACCAUGAUCACAGUUAUCCAGUUCCAGAAUUCAAGUAUGCUUAGUAUGCAAUUUGACUUGUGUUCCAAUGUAAGAGUUGGCAAAUGAAAGCAUGGUGAAAGAGGAGGUUGGUUAAGAUGCAUACUCAAGAAAUGAACAUUAUCUUAUAAGCUGCUUGAAGUGCAUCAUUAGAGAAAACAGUAGGAAUGUGCAUGCUUCUCCCUUCUUUGGACCAGAUGAUACAGCAAGUAUAUGAAACUUUACCCCUUUUACGCUCUAAUAAUUGAUCAUUUUUCUGUUCAAUCAAGUACAUCAACUUUUCAAGGUUGGCUUAAUGUGAGGCAUUUGCUAAAAUUGCGAACAGAAAACACCAAUGCGGAUAAAUGCCAUUAAAAGUUAUUAAUUGUCCAUAUUGGUGUCUAGUGAGGCCUCUUGAGAUGAUGUUAUGUUGGCAAAGACAUAUUGGAGGGUUGAGAUCGUCCAAGUCAACACCUUCUCUCCCUCCUCUUCACCCAACAUGUAAAUUGAGAUGACAUAACUUUUGUUGAGUAGACAAGCCAUGUCGUUGUGCUCGACUUUCGCUGAGUAAGCAAGCCUCAAUAGCCAAAUCACGUGACAUGGCAACAAUUUUUUUUCACUGAUUCCUCAUAUUGAGCCAAAUUUCAAAAGUUGAGAUAUUUAAUUGAACAAAAAGAAGUUUAGGUGCUUGAUCGUAAAACAGACAAAAGCUCAAAUACUUGUGAUGUCAUUACAUCCCUUUUUUUUGGUUUUGUUGGAAGAAGCUAGAACAGUGAAAUAAACAGGUGUGCUACUUGUCUCAAGACAUGGGUGUGGUACCUCCUAUUAGUAGAAGAAAUUGGCUUUGCUUAUAUUUGUUCAUGGUUUUGACUGUGGACUGAAAAUUGGAAUUCCCUGGCAGAGAUCACUGCUUGGUGAUCCUUUUCCAUGGGUUCCAAAGUGUUCUGAUUUUCUUUGCGGGAGUUUAUUCGAACUGUGUUGAAGUUGAAAUGGAUGUUUCUGAUUCUUAUCUUACACUCAUUCCUUAUUGUCUUGUCUUCGCUAUGAUUGCAGCUAUGCCUUGGGUUGGCGAGGUGGAAGAUGGUAUGCAAAUAGGAAGUUUAGAAGGGAGCAGAUGAAAUUGUUGGGGCAGAUUAAGCCGAGGAGGUGGGAAUUGCUGGGCCGGAUGAAGCCGAAAGGAUUGAAACUCCAAUUCU